AUGACUGAUCAGAAGACCACGGAUGGCGUGGAGGCCGUGUAUGAGGCGCUUAAAAAGUUGACAAAGUCUCAUUCGUUUCAGCUCGUCAGCCUUCAGAACGAAAUCGAGCGCCUUAAGUCCGAGCGGGAAAAGACUGUCGAGCAGAUGACCGAUAUGAAGGACAAAAUGAAGGAGCUGUAUACUGAAAUGGCCAAUCUCAAGGGAUUUGUGGCAAGACUUAGGAUUGAUGGCUUUAUGCAGGGCAGAGCCAUUAAAAGUGAAGAUGACGACGUGGAAGAAACCAGCGAGACGGACGAUUUCAAUAACGUUGGAAUCUUGGAUGCAGUACGAAGCCAUAGAGACCGCAUCGACGCCCUGGUGGACGGAAUAUUGCGACAUGAGAAACGUCGGCUAUGCAGCACUCUAGUAGACGACUAUUCAGAUGAUUGCAAACAACAUAGACUCAAACGCAAGCCGUCUACGACAUGGGAGCAGCGAGUCGCUGAAGGACGAAGAAAACGAUUCAAAAGUGAAAGUGAAAGUUGA